AUGGUCUUUGACCCACUCAGGCAGGCUGAACAGUUAGAAAAGGUGCACCAACAUGGCUCUCCUGAUCUUUCCAAGUUGAUGGCUGAGUUUACUCAGCGUCUUGGUGAACAGGAGCGUCGAAUGCAACUUGUCUGUCGGGAACGGGACUCCUUGAAACGUCGUCUCCAAUCCACCACAUCCACCUCAUCUCACUACCUAGGCCAUUCUACAGACGACACGACGUACCCUGACCAUUUGGCAGACACAUUAGCUAUUGCAGCUCAAAAACCGCCUACGUCCGCCUCCAUCGGCUUUUCUGAUACAACUGCUACUGGUCCAUUACCAUUAGCCUCUUCAGCGGGGAAAAUCGCAGCUGAUGCAAUGGCUCGUGCUGACGGUCUUCUUCAAUCAAUUGCUUCUGUCGCUAGUGCUAAGACAGCUUCUAGGAACCAGUAUAUUUCUUGA